UGUUGUAUAUAUAUAUAUAUUUUUGGCAAAAUCACAAACUACACAUUUGUGUAUGUUUUCAGUCAAAAUGAUGAAUAAAUUGAUUUUGGUUUUUGUUGUGUGUUUUGUCGGUGUGCAGUCUAUAAGUGAGGAAUUUAUAGAAGACUUCUUGAACCAAGUCCAACCAGUUGCACAACGUUGUAUGGAGGAGACAAAUGCGGGGGAGGAUGAUCUCGGAGCAUUAAUAAGUCAUGAAACUCCACCAACACACGAAGGAAAAUGCAUGUUGUUUUGUAUAUACAAACAUUUUAACCUUCAAAAAGAAGAUGGUACAGCAAACAAAAUUGGGGCAUUAAAAUCUCUAGAUCCUCUCCGGAAAGAAGAUCCAGAAGCUUAUCGUAAGUUUGUACGAUUGUUUGUUCACUGUGGAAGGUCAGUCGUACCAAAUCCUGAUCCUUGCAUUUUCGCUACCGAAUUAGGAAAAUGUGCUUUCGAAAAUGCCCAGGAAAUGGGACUUGGAGAUGUUAUGCAAUUUUAAUAACAUGUAUUACUAUAGAAUAGUUUAUUCAUGGAGUUUUAUUAAAAGUGAAAAUUUG